UCCCUCUUUUGCCCUCACAGGAUGACUGAUCAACAGCCUCCUGACACAAAUCCUCCUGCACUGCGCAAGACACGCUUUGUAUGCAUCUCAGACACCCACAAUGCAGCUCCAGGCGGCGCGUUUCAGCUGCCUAAAGGCGACGUUCUGCUACAUUGCGGGGAUAUGACGAACCAAGGGUCUGAGAAAGAGCUGCAAAGGACGCUCAAAUGGAUCGAAGAAGCUGAUUUCGAGGCUAAAAUUGUUGUCGCCGGCAACCACGACAUCACCCUAGACACCGAUUUUUAUAAUCAGUAUGGCUCGCGCUUCCACAACCAAGAGCCGCAAGACCCUACCAAGUGCAUCCAACUUCUACAACAAUGUCCCUCGAUAAUAUGGCUAAAGCACGAAGCUGCCAUCAUUAACCUCUCGUCUCCUACCGGCCCCCAAACAACAUUUAAGAUAUUUGGUUCACCAUAUUCACCGGCAAAGGACAUGUGGGCGUUCGGAUACAGUGCAGAAGAAGCCGACAACCUUUGGGAUCGAAUUCCACUAGACUCCGACAUUGUUAUCACCCAUACACCGCCGAAAUACCAUUGCGACGAAAGAAAAGAUUGGAGAGCAGCAGGUUGCGAUGGGCUUAGAAAUGCUUUAUGGAGAGUCCGGCCUAAGCUAGCUGUUUGUGGCCAUGUUCAUGAGGGUAGAGGAUCCGAGAUUGUUCAAUGGGAUCUACAAGAUGCCAAUAUCAAGUACAAAGAAGCUAACGUGGAAACGUGGGAAGAUCCCGGCCACGGCAAUAAGAAGAUGUCUUUGGUAGAUUUAUCUUCAAGGAGGAAGCCAAUCGAAAAUGAUGGUUCCCGGGGCGAUUGGAACAAAAGCAAUCUAGAACCCUCGGGAAACCCACCUCAUUCCUUGACGGGGCUGUCUGAUGACCUGACCGAACUAUCAUCCGCAUCAAAAGACCCAAAACGUACCGCUGAGGUUGGAGUCUCAAAGAUCACCACAGGCUUGCUUGCAGUACCCCCACAACUUUUCUCAGCAGCUACACGAGGUCUAGGUGGUAUCCCUCCAUCACAACCUUGUGAUCUCGAGGCAUUAUCUGGCAGGAUGGGGCGCAAGGAGACUUGCAUCAUUAACGCUGCUAUCAUGGCAUCCAGUUGGCCUCAUGGUAUUGGUGGUGGGAAGAAGUUUAACAAACCAAUUGUUGUUGAUAUCGAUUUGCCAAUUUGUCAUACAUAG